AUGUCUAGCGCACUCGGUUCGAAUACGCUCCUAAUGCGCCAGACAACUCAUAAGCGUAGAUCUCACAGCAACCACAAAUGUUGCUACGAUGCACGGUAUCGCAGUCACAAAACACGGCACUUAACAGAAUCUACCCCUUCUUCCAGUACAUCCGGGUCUUCACAUCGAAAACGUGAUAUAUCCUCCUCUGACUCCCAAAAUGACUCCUCUGGUUAUGGUUGCUCACACCCUAAAACCUCUCGAACUGAUAAUCGUGGUAAAAGGCACAGGGGUAGUUCCCAUGUUUCUCAGCGUAAGGUGAAGCGAUCGCGCGCGGAUCCGAGUAAGACGAUUAGGAGUGGCAGCAAUUGCGAGUCUUCGCGACGCUUGAACGUUGAUCGUAGCCAUCCGUUUCGCUCAGAACGUGAUACCAAAGAGGUCGGCAUCGAACGCAGGCGACGACGUAGCCGUAGUGAAGGCAGUCAGACUGACGGUCGUCGGGAUGCUUCCGGCCGGAAUGGCUAUGCUGAACAGUCCCAUCAUGUACAACAGCACCAUCCAAGGGCUGAUUCGGGCGACCGA